AGGAGCGGAAGAUGACUAUGGCAGCUAGAGCAACUGACGGCCGAGAUCUACGCUUCCACAUGCCUCGCUGCAAAGAUAAACAAUGGAGGAGCCCCACCAGCUUCACUCUACGGCUCGAGGACCGGAACAGGAAAGAGGAAAUCGAGCAGAGGAAGAGCGAAAUGGCCGACCGCGUCUGCAAUAUCUCCGACAUCAUACACCGCGUCGCCUCCUCCUGCCUCACCCAACCCAUCGCCGGCGCCGCCACCCGCCGAUUCAUCAACGGCGACGACGAUGACGAGCAGAGAGAAGAAAUCGAUUCGGACAAACGGCUUGGGAUCUGGGAAGAGCAAGAAGAAGAAGAAGAAGAAGAGGAGCAUCGAGGCGCCUCUAUGGGGCUAUUGGAGAAACUGGGAGAGACGGAGGCCUUCAUGAUCGAGGUUUUUAAUGUCGUCUCUGCCGUCAAGAAGGCGUACGUGGGUCUCCAGGAGGCGCACUGCCCGUGGGAUCCUGAUAGGAUCCGUGUCGCCGACGCCGGAGUGGUUGCGGAGUUGAGGAAGCUCGUACGACUACGGGAUCGCUUUCGAAGGGGUGUCGGCGUCGGUGCCGGACCCAGCGGCGGAGGCGGCGGCGGAAGAGCGCCGAUUAGGGAGGUUGUUGCGCCGUACGAGGCGGCACUAGAGGACCUCCGGCGAGAGAUCAAGGUUAAGGAGGCGGAGAUUGCGAAUCUCAAGGAGAGGCUGAUGGGAAGCGGACGAGCAGGGCGAACCCAUUCGACCAAGAGGGUCGGAUGCAUCAGCGGAUUAGGAUCGCCGGCGGCACCAACGCCGGAGCUAUUCGAGUCCUGCAUGGAUCUGGUAAAAUCCGCCUCCAAAUCCUUCACUGCUCACCUCCUCUCCCUGAUGCGGGCAGCCCGAUGGGACCUCGCAGCGGCGGCCCGAUCAAUCAUCGACGGCGGCGAAGAGUCGCCGACUGGAGACUACCCGCCACCAACUUACAUCCCCGACGUCGAACCGCGGCACGCGCGGCACGCGCUUGAAUCAUACGUGAACCGAAAACUCUUCCAUGGAUUCGAGAACGAAACCUUCUACCUCGAAGGCUCGCUAACCUCACUUCUCCGGCCGUCCGAGUUCCGGCGAGACUGCUUCUCCCAAUUCCGCGACAUGCGCGCCAUGGAACCUGCCGAGCUGCUCGGGAUUCUCCCCACUUGCCAGUUCGGCCGAUUCGCCGGCAAGAAGUAUUUGUCCGUGUUGCAUCCCAAGAUGGAGGAGUCGUUGUUCGGCGGGUUGGAGCAACGGCGGGCGGUGAUCGCCGGCGGACAUCCAAGAACGGGGUUUUACGGCGAGUUCCUGAGGGUAGCUAAAGCUGUCUGGUUGCUGCAUCUUUUGGCCUUCGCGCUGGAUCCAGCACCGAGUCAUUUUGAGGCAAGUAAAGGAGCGCAGUUUCAUGGCGAGUAUAUGGAGAGUGUUGUAAGGUUCGCCGGAGGGAGGACGGUGCCAGAGGGUGCAGUGGUUGGGUUUUCGGUGGCGCCGGGGUUUAAGCUUGGGAAUGGGUCCGUGGUGCGGGCGAGGGUGUUUGUGGUCCCAUGGGAGAAAGCAUCGCAAGGGCGAGGCAGGCCGGGUGUGUGAGGGACUGAGGGAAUAGAGGGCGACGGGGAAAGCUGCUGAAAUGCAUGUACUGUUUUUUUAGGAAGAAUUGAUAUAAUUAAGCUGUGUUAAGUAAUUCCAAAAAUGUUUUCUUAUUAUUAAGAAAGUAUUUUUAAGUUUUUGUUCUAUGUAUAAAGAGUUGUGAUCUUAUUUAUUAAACA